AUGACUCAGAAUCCAUCUUCUGAGACAGACCACCGCCUGCAGCUGGAUAAGCGUGUGCAUACACGCAGUCACACAAGCAAUGCCGUACUAUUCGCGCUCUCUCUCUCUCUCUCUCUCUCUCUCUCUCUCUCUCUCUCUCUCUCUCUCUCUCUCUCUCUCUCUCUCUCUCUGCCUCGCGGCACGCGCCCCGGACCUGGCCGAGGCUCGAUCACCGCGCCCACUGGUGCUGACCCUAAAGAUGCGGAGAUGGCAUUAAGUGCCGUCCUCAAUGCCAGCAGCAACGCAAACAAUGCCGCGCCAGCAGCCGUUGGGCCGACAGCCCGGCCCCGGCCAGCCCCAAUCCCGGCUGUUGGGGGCACCCCCCCUGCGGCGGGCGCUGCUUCCACUGAGCCCACUGGCCCCGAGGCUGCUAGUCUGCCUGAAGAGGAUCUUUUGCUGCGUCUCUUGGGCCCGGUCGAACAGACCCCCGCUGAUGCGCAACUCUACGAACGGCUGCUCAAGGGUGACGACGAGCAGAUGGAUGAUGCCCGCACUAUCCUCAAGCGCGUGGAGGCUGAGGUGGCCCUUCUCGAUUCCUGCUUGCAUGAGCUCUGUCGCCGCCUCACCCUCAGUCUGCCCCGCGAAGCCGCCUACCUCAAGCGCGUGCAAACUCGCAAUCGCCACACCUGGCGCAGCGUUCCUUCCGCCCUGCAUCUCAUGGAACAGGAGCUGGCAGUUGUUCUCAACAUUGAUCAAGUGUUGCAAGAGAAAAUUGGGGCCUUCAAGACGGAAGCCACUGAUCUGGCCGCCCAUCUCCGGACCGUGCAAGAACAAGCCUUUAUGAAGGCCUUCCACACUCGCAUGGGCGCUAACUUAAACCCAGACAACGAUGUUCCUGAGGACUACACUCAGAGCCCAGCAGACGCCAAGCACGAGCUCAAAGAUUUGUACGAAAUGCAGCGAGCUCGUAUGCAGUCGGAAAUUGAUACGCUUCGCCAGGAACGCGAUAGCUGGCUCAAAGCAAGCAUGGCAAUGUGUGAUGUCCUGGCCAGUCGUCGCAAUAUGAGAACCAUUCAACGACUUCGCAUCCAUCAGUCGGCCUGGUUUGACUUUGCUCGGCACUUUGGCAACGUCAUUCGGGAUGGCAGUGGCGUCAUGCUGGACGAGCUUCGUGGUAUACUAACCAACGUCAAGAAGCAGAUCUCUAUUGUGCGACGCCACUUUAUCAAGGACGAUGAAGCCAUGCGCUCAAAAGUCAAGCGCGUGGCCGGCCGCCUCGACACCUUGCGCACCACCGCCGGCGUGAUUUUGCUCACCAACACGGCUGCCACCAUCGAUGCCAACCGAAGCAAACAUGACAAUGCGCGUGCAACCGUCUCGGAAACUGAGGCGGCCCGACAGCUCUUGCAGAAUGACGUUCGCUUGACUGAUGCUCUUCGCGAAUUUGCUCGUGUUUUGGGCGAGGAGCUGCACUCGUUGACGACAGACCGCCUCAAUUGGGUCAAGGAGCAACGUACACAAACCCGUCAGCUCAUGGAUCAGUGGUCACUGACGGCCGAGGGCCUCUACAAAGCUCACAAAAGCACUCUUCGCCAAAGUCUCACCCCCAAGCUGACACAGCUCAAUCAGGCUAUUCACGCCACCUUUGAUGCGCUUGAGUCGGGCCUCUCGACCUCUGGGCGACGAGCCGAUCUGCUUCUUGAGUUGAUUGGCGGUGCUUUGAAGCUGCGUGGGAGUGCUCUCAAGGACCGUUGUGUAGAGAUUAGUACGGUUGCAAACCACUGGGUGGACCGGCUGUCCAAGCUAGAAGAUGACUUGAGUCGCCAGCCCGCCUUUACAGCCAUUGCCACACAAGCCGAUCAACUCGUACUGGCAGCCACGAUUGACACCCAAGCUCAUUGCGAACGUCUGGUCACGCAGCUCAACAAGGCUCACCAGGAGAUGACAGAGUGGACCAUCGCCAUGCAGCACGCUUGUGUUGGGGUUCCGGGCACUUCUAUCGGCACCGUCUGCGACUGGGCCGAAGGCGUUGAAAGUCUGCUACAUUUUGGAUCCAGCGAGCUGGUUGACUCGGCCACGGGCACCCUCGACAUUUUUGUACUCCGAGCACGACACAAGGAGGACGAGGAAGAGCUGCACACGUGGCAGCAGGAGCAGGACCAAGUUCAACGCGUGGCCUCGGAAUGUAAUGACUGGUGCCGCCUCGCCAAAUCAGCAGCGCAAGCCUUGCGCUCCGAUGGUGGCUUGGCUAUCAUGGACACAACGUUUCAAAGCAAUGGCCAAUCUGGUGAUGCUCUUGAUUCGGAGGCAUGGGCCAAGCCAGAGGGGGAGGAGCGAUCCGAUCGGCAGACGGUUGAUAGCUUUACAAGCUUUGUCUCAUCCUCUGAGCUGCAGUGCCAGGCGCAAACAGCAUCAUGGAAACUCGGGAAGAGUCAGAAGGUACGCGAGGUGGCAUCUUCAACCGAGUGGCUGACGCAUUUGGAAGCCGAUGCUGCCGUGCUCAGGCAACGCCGUACUGUCCUCGAUUCGGCCGUGGGCGCAGACAUGAGUGAUGCGAUGCUCACGGCCCUGCAAAACUAUCGACAAAGCACACUUGAUAUUGAGCUGAGGUUGAAUAAAGUAUUAAUGCUGUUGGUGACUGAGCAAUCGACCCGAGUCGAGCUCUCUCGCGUCAUUGAGACUCGUGAGGUAUUCCACCAGGAAGAAGUGCAGCGGAUGAAGCACGAACACGAUGAGCUCAAGUCCAGAUUCACUGAAGCUAAAAGUGAACGUGACGAACACGCCAAGGCGCUGGCGGCAGCACGUCAAGCGCAAGCUGAUGUGGAGAAGAAGCUGAAAGAAUGCGGCAAUGACGACAAGGCUCAUCAGGAAGCACUCGGCAAGCUGGAGAAGAAGCUGAAAGAGCAAGACGAGGAACACGUUAAGGCGCUGGCAGCAGCACGCCAAGCGCAAGCUGAUGUGGAGAAGAAGCUGAAAGAAUGCGGCAAUGACGACAAGGCUCAUCAGGAAGCACUCGGCAAGCUGGAGAAAAAGCUGAAAGAGCAAGACGAGGCGCACGCCAAGGCGCUGGCAGCAGCACGCCAAGCGCAAGCUGAUGUGGAGAAGAAGCUGAAAGAGCGAGACGAGGAACACGCCAAGGCGCUGGCAGCGGCACGCCAAGCGCAAGCUGAUGUGGAGAAGAAGCUUGAAGAAUGCGGCAAUGACGACAAGGCUCAUCAGGAAGCACUCGGCAAGCUGGAGAAGAAGCUGAAAGAGCAAGACGAGGAACACGUUAAGGCGCUGGCAGCGGCACGCCAAGCGCAAGCUGAUGUGGAGAAGAAGCUGAAAGAGCAAGACGAGGAACACGCCAAGGCGCUGGCGGCAGCACGUCAAGCGCAAGCUGAUGUGGAGAAGAAGCUUGAAGAAUGCGGCAAUGACGACAAGGCUCAUCAGGAAGCACUCGGCAAGCUGGAGAAGAAGCUGAAAGAGCAAGACGAGGAACACGCCAAGGCGCUGGCAGCAGCACGCCAAGCGCAAGCUGAUGUGGAGAAGAAGCUUGAAGAAUGCGGCAAUGACGACAAGGCUCAUCAGGAAGCACUCGGCAAGCUGGAGAAGAAGCUGAAAGAGCAAGACGAGGAACACGCCAAGGCGCUGGCAGCGGCACGCCAAGCGCAAGCUGAUGUGGAGAAGAAGCUGAAAGAGCGAGACGAGGAACACGCCAAGGCGCUGGCAGCGGCACGCCAAGCGCAAGCUGAUGUGGAGAAGAAGCUUGAAGAAUGCGGCAAUGACGACAAGGCUCAUCAGGAAGCACUCGGCAAGCUGGAGAAGAAGCUGAAAGAGCAAGACGAGGAACACGUUAAGGCGCUGGCAGCGGCACGCCAAGCGCAAGCUGAUGUGGAGAAGAAGCUGAAAGAGCAAGACGAGGAACACGCCAAGGCGCUGGCGGCAGCACAUCAAGCGCAAGCUGAUGUGGAGAAGAAGCUUGAAGAAUGCGGCAAUGACGACAAGGCUCAUCAGGAAGCACUCGGCAAGCUGGAGAAGAAGCUGAAAGAGCAAGACGAGGAACACGCCAAGGCGCUGGCAGCGGCACGCCAAGCGCAAGCUGAUGUGGAGAAGAAGCUGAAAGAGCGAGACGAGGAACACGCCAAGGCGCUGGCAGCGGCACGCCAAGCGCAAGCUGAUGUGGAGAAGAAGCUGAAAGAGCAAGACGAGGAACACGCCAAGGCGCUAGCAACUUUGAAGGAUAAAUUGCACCUUCAAGACAAGAGUCUAUUGGCGCGUCUUCAGGGCCUGGAGGACACAAACAGCGAGCUUCGAGCAAAGUUGGACGAGACUGCGAGCCUAUUUGAACAGGAGCAGACCGCUGCGCGUGCCAAACAAGCUGAGCUGGAAGAAGAAAUUUCGUCCCUUCAGGAGAUUAUAGCUCAUUUGGAAGGCUUGCUAGCCCAGAUGGAUGAUGAUGCUAGCAGUACCGCCUCUAGUGAAACUGGAAGAAAAAAGGCACCCGCGCGCAAGGGACCUCGUCCUUCCCAAGAUGACAGCGUACACAACGUCAUGAAGGAGCUUUUUGAUAAACAUGGUAUUGAUGCGUCCGUGCUUCAGUAUAAGGCGCCUGGUAAGUAUCAAAUUGCUGGCUCAUCCAAAGUCAUCAACGUGCAGUACAAGGGUAGCAACCUGAUGGUGCGCAUUGGUGGUGGAUGGCAGUCUCUAGAAGAGUAUUUGCUGGACAAGCAUCACAUGCACCAUCGCCCUGAUGAUGCAGCCGUCAAAUUUUCUCAACGCCAUCAUCAGAAGAUUGAGGAAAUGAAACACGGCUCAACUUCAAGCUCUUCUUCCUCCACAAUCCCAAAGUCCCCUAAGGUCUCAAAGUCACAGAGAUCAUGA